CCUUAAAAACCAUGUAUUAGAGUACAUUUUAUUUAUUUACUUUUUUGACAGUAUGUCUUUCGCUUGUUCUACCUCGUUCUAUGACAUGAGUUGAGUUGGUGUCACUUGGUGUUGUUACAGUUUUUAUUAACUCAUUCGUGGUUAACUCACCGUAAGAAAAUAAAAUAUUAUUCGAAGAACUGCGUUUUUUUUGUGUAUUAAAGUUUAAAUUACACAAUCUAUAAUGUCAUAUCAACUGUACAGAAAUACUACGAUCGGAAACACAUUACAAGAAAGCCUCGACGAACUGAUCCAGUAUGGGCAGAUAACACCGGCUUUAGCAGUAAGAGUGCUAUUGCAAUUUGACAAAUCUAUAAAUCAAGCUUUAUCCAACAAGGUGAAAUCUAGAUUAACCUUUAAAGCCGGAAAAUUGAAUACUUACAGGUUUUGUGACAAUGUGUGGACCUUUAUGUUGAAUGAUGUGGAGUUUCGAGAAGUGCAAGAAGUUGCUAAAGUAGACAAAAUCAAAAUCGUAGCUUGUGAUGGUAAAAAUGUUGAAGAAAGGAAAUAACAUUAGUGGUGCUGGCAUAGUGUCAAUUCCAAUCAUUAUCUCAAUAUAAUUUAAUAAGUUUUGGUAAUGGAUUCAAGUGUGUAUCAGUAUAAAUACUCAGGGCCUAAUUGGAUUGAGGGCCUUUUGUCAAUAUUUCAGUUUGGUCUGUUCAGAGGGUGUACCGCAAGCACCAAAGCUCGCAAAUUGCGGGCAUCUUUCCCUGUCACCCUCACGUCUUAAGGAGCAAAAAAGAAAGAUGUUCGCAAUUUGCGAACUUUUGUGUUUGCGGUAGGCCCUGUGAUCUAUGGAUAGACCUCAUUCAUUUAUUACGUAAGACGAUUUAGGGGGGGGGGGGGGUCAAACAUGUCUUAUUUUUUCUUACAAGGGGGUUGGAGGGGGUUUUCAUAGUUUUUACGUAAGAUCACAAACAUGCGAAAAUUUUCGUAUUUCUAUGAAAUUAUGACGUUUAAAAUACUUCCACACUAUGCUAUCAAACAUGGUACCGACUUAGCAUAGACGGGAUCCAGUACCUUUGUAGGAACAAAUAAAUGUUUGUAAAAAUGAUUUUUGUGAAAAUAAACACUAAGACAAACGAAACUUGUAUUCAUUUUUUUCCUUUAGUAACGUAAUAUAGGGAGGAGAGGGUUGGUCUAUUCUUAUUUUUUCUUACAUAGGGGUGGCAGGGGGUCAUAAACUGGCAAAAAUCGUCUUACGUAAUAAAUGAAUGGCGCCAUAUGGGGUUAUGUUCUGUAGUGUCAAUAGCAAAAAAAGGGACAUGAUUUUCCACUGCUUAUUUCAUCCAUCAAGAUUUCAUAACAUAUACUUUGUUUCCUUUGGUAUUCAAGCAUAUCUUUAUAAAAAUUUUAGAUCCAAUACAGGUAUAUCAGUAGUUUUGUUUGUGAUUGUACCGAAUGCAUUGAAAUGUUUCAUUAAAAAUUCUGAUUCUACUUAAUUCAUAUCAUAUUGUGUAUUAUGUAUUAUGCUCAAAUUUAAUAAAACGUAUACAGGUUUAA